AGUGGCAUAUAUUCUCCUAAGCUUCUUGUGGAUCAGAAAACUCUCGUCUAUUCACUUCUCUUCUUCUAUUGUAUGACAGCAAUCUUUUCUGCCUCUGCCUCCAAAAAAAGAAAAGUUUAAAGAUAUUCGUCAAGGGAAAAUACCAAAAAGAAAUGUUUGAUGACUGAACCAAGAGUAGCAAACGAAUAAAAUUGAAGUAGCUAGAGAUCCACCCAGUUCCGGUAGUAUCAAAAUGGCUACACUGGGAGGAAGAGCAAUAGGAUUCUCAAGCUUUCCAUCGUCUUCUUCGUAUCUCCGUUGGAAUUCCAGAGCCACCUCCUCUUCAUUCUCCUUCACACUAUCAAUGUUGAAAACACCUGAGGAGGUCUGCCAAGUUUUUCUCUUGGCCUGAACGGUCAUGAGAUAACCUCAUUACUACUAAUAGAUGCUGAAUCCUUGGUCUCAACCCUUGCAGCAAAUGGUCAGUAAAUCAAUGAUUUCGCGUAAAUGUGUCGCCUGUUCUGCUGUGCAGGAAUCGUCUAGUCCUACUGCCACAGCUGAAACAAAGGCAACCACUCCUGCUGAAGCAAAACCAUCACCCACUUCUGAAACAAAGGCCACAGGUGCUGGUGAGAAGGAGGAAGUGAAGGCAGCACCGAAGGCAGCUCCAGCAAGGCCCAAACCUGCAGCAAAGGCUCCUGCCAAACCACUGCCAGAGUUGAUGGCGGAGGAUGUUAUCCCUUCAUUGAAAACAACACUUGAAGCUCAAGUUGAUCUAUCUGAAAUUGAGCUUUCUUUCCAAGACAACAAGUUGGAAGGUUCAUUCCUGAAGGAGGGCUGCCCCUACUCAUUCUGGGCCUUCUUCCCUAAUGGAGUCCUCACAGGUCCAAAAGGGCUUUCAUUGUCUUCAUAUGGCUCGGGAGCAAGCACUGUCGAGCCCUUCCUCAUUGAUGAGAAGAAAAUCACAGCAAAGCAUGUAGUCUUCUGGGUUGAAAAGCGUUUGGCAGCCCAAGGAAUUAUUCCUGUCUGGAAAGAAUGAUUUUAUAGCAUACAAACAUGCCAUGUAAUUAUUCAUGUCCGAAAGUAAUGCUAACAUAUAAAAUUUUCCAAUUCAUUUUAAACAAAAGAUAUUACCAAAUGUAUCAUUUUUGUCCUACAAUUAGAAUACAGGAUAUGUUAAUUGAA